AUGGUAAAUUGGGACCAAGUAACUAGAUGGAUUGUCGGUCGCGGUGUGGCCGAGAAGAGCGAUCAGAAGAAGCUCGAGCGCCAGUAUAAAACAGUCGGAGAGUCGCUCAGACUCGUGCAGGAGGUGGCGAAUGAGCCGACCCUGCCAGCUGCGAGCUCGACAGCGCCACCAUCGAUCUACGGGAGCCCCGAUCCGAAUCGACGCAAACCCCGUAACGAGUCUCUCAUCUCUGCUCCAAGACUGGGAUGCACAAGGUCCAUCUCCACCCCUGCCGUCCCUUCUCUCGCCGAAAAACUUCCCAACCUCUCUCCAUACAUACCAACAUACGACCUGAGCAAGGAGGAAGUGAAGAGAAACUACAGUUGUGACGGUGAAUGGAAGCUCAAAGACCAGCCCACUAUCCCUCUACCAGAGAUGACAGGCUUUGGAAGAUAUCGAAGAGCCGUGAAUGCAUCAAGGGACUGGCAACUAGAACGUGCUGAGCGCAGCCUCCAUGAAAUGAAAACCUUUGUUUUCAGUCAUCUCGGAGAUUGCCCUCCUGCUGGUAUGGACGCAGACAUCUGGCGCGGCUUCAAAGCGCAGCACUCGCGGAGUAGUAGCAUUGCGAGUUCAGUCAGCUCGAGUUCAGUGGAGGAGACUACCGGCACCAAAAUAAGCCGCGGCUUCUGCGCCUCAACCACUUCCAGUGCAGCAAGCUCUUUCAAAGACCCGGCAAGCCAACAUCGAAGGGACUCAAACUUGUCCAAGACCAGCAUGACAAGCCCAAGCAGCGAUGGAGACACCAAAUCCAUUCGUCCAUCGAGUCGCGCACCAUUCUCUCGCCAUGCCAGCACGGCAUCGAUUAGCCCGCUGGCUGUCAUCAGCGAAUUGCAGGAGAUGGCCGCGAACCCCCAGCGAAAGAUGGAAAAGGCAUGCAGGUUUUAUGGAAAUGCCAACAAUGAAAGCGCGGUCGCUUCAGACGAAGACGAGGAAUUCGCAUGGAACGAUAUGCUUGAGCUCGGCGGUGGCGCCAGCAAUCUCUCCAAGCGCCUUCAUCAGCGCACAUCAUCAUCGAAAAGCAAGGCCAAUGUCAAGCCGACCUUGACUCGCCAGCGAACAAUUUCUCAAGAGAGGCCGAAGUCGAGGGCGUCCAACUCGCGAAGACCUCCACUUGACAGGUCAAAGACCAUCAAAGCUUCCAACCGGGUGAGCAAUGUUCGCUUUCAUGUCCCAAGAAGGAGUUCGGACCAGGAGAGGUCAGACUGUCAGGAGCCUCUCGAUCGGGCGCAUUUGGGAAGCCACCAGAAGGCAUCUGGAGACCACGAGGCUUCAGAAAAUCAACGGUCGAUCACACAUGCCCCAAGUCAGAAUGUCCGUGUCACAGAUCCGACCACAGAGUCCGAAGGUGGCAAAAUGGAAUCCUCCACACACCAAAAGGCUGAGAGCAUUAGCCAGGGAGAGUCAGCCGACAGGCUCAGCCCAUCUCCCGGUCAGGUUCAGGGCAAGUCGAAUGGUUUUGCCGUUUCUAGGGAAAUCGCCUCUGCUGAAAACCUCCUGAAUCUGAUGCCAAUCCCAGUAGACUCCGGAAGAAGAAGAUCGGGGACUGUCUGUACGAUUGUCACAAUCACCUCGGACGCUGUGGAUACCAAGUCAGGACCCACCACUUCAAGCAAGACAGCUUGA